AUGGUGAAAGAGGUGGACCGGUGCUGCGCGACGGACGAUAGGACGCGGGGCGCAUGGCCUGCUGGCAGCGCGGUCGAGAGCGACAUCAACGAGGAGCAGGAGUAUCGUGGGCUCAGCACGCCAAUCGCACUGCAGCGACUUCACGAUGACAUCGAGACGGUGCUCGCGGCCUACGAGGAGCGCUACGUGCGCCUGUCCUGCUGGGAGAAGUUCGGCUCGACUUUCGUCGGCACCUCGACCAGUCCGCUCGGCUGGUUCCCAGCGGUGGCCACCGUGCUAUGCGUACUGUCGCUAACUGCCACCGGCCACUGGUGGUCGGCAGGUCUGCUGGGGGCUCUGCUGUUGCUGACCGUGGUCACCGUCGUUCGGGAGAACAAUCUUCGUAAGACGGAGAUCUACCGGAAGGUGCGCACGGUUCUAGCCGAACUGCAGCUCGGCGUCGAGCUGUGUGCCGACUGGACGCCCAACAACUAUCCGCACCUCUGCAGUCCCCUGUCCCCGUGUGUGACCCUCCAGUGGACGUACCGUGACGGGCGCAUCGUCAACCUACCGUGGGCGCUGCUGGUCCGUGGCGACCACAUCGUGAUGCGUCCGGGGCAAGUCGCGCCUGGCAGCUGCACCGAGCUGGGGCCCGCGGCUCGCCGUUUUCGGUGCGGUGAAACGUACGGUCUACAGCAACCUACCGAGCCUCCUACAAAGCCAAUCGCCCGUUCGCCGCUGCCCGACCUGAACUGCGUGAUCGAAGUCACCCCCUACCUAGACACGCUGCGUACCUCGCUCGACUGCUUCCUGAACCGGCCAAAGACGAUCAUCAAUCAACAGCGCGAGCUACUGAUUACGCGCUGCAUGCAACAGUGGGGCUUCUGCGUCAUCCUGCUGGUAACUGUCGUCUGUGGCGUGCUGCGCUGCGUCGGACUCUACUUCUGUGGCAAGCUGGCCACCGACUGGAUGAAUGUGCUCCUGCUCAAUCCGACUGCCGCCGUUCUACCGAUUUUGCCGCUAGCCUUUCCACUACUGUGGGUGUCAAUCAACCUGUGGGGUGUGGCGAGGCUUGAGACGCUGCUCGCGAUCCCGCAGGCGGUAAUGCGGGCCCAGGCGCAAAAGUCCUUCCAGGAGGAUCUGGACACACCGACCGGCGACCUCGACCACGUACAGCUGCCGCGCCGCGCCGUCCUCUACUACUGGUGGCAGCUGUACCAGGGUCGCUCGCAGCUCCUCGGUCGCAGUGCCAACGUGGUGCAGGUGUUGGGAACAAUUACGGCGCUUUGCUGUGUCGACAAAAAGGGAAUUCUGUCGUGGCCGAACCCGACGGCGGAGAAGGUUUUCUUUCUCCGCAACGUCAAGGACAGUGAUCAGAAUAGCGAUCCGUCCGAUCAGAGCAGUCUCAACUCACAGUGCUGCCAGGAACACUACCACCCACUUUCCCACAUACUCGAGCUGAGCUCACAAAAGGAACCAGCCGGUGCACUCGCCGAGGUACUCGAUCUAACGCACGACCAGCACAGUCCGUUCCGGCUCGAAUUCGAUGAUCACGACUUCAAGAACCACUUAACCUCACUGAAACCACUUGGGAUUGCCAUCCUUGUGAACACGUGCUGCCCGCUGACGCAAGCACACUACGCCAAGUUCUGUGGCCACGUGACGGCGGUCGCGAUGCUCGAUAAGGACCUGGUCCCGGUCACCAAUCGGUAUGCGAUUGUUGAGUCGAGUUUGAAUUGCUUUAUGCAUGGUCGAUGCCUGUGUGAGCUGGCAAAACAAAUCGGUUUCUCCCCGCAGGCUCGUGAUAUUUUCCAGCUUGAAGGGCAGAUUUCUAGCUACCGGCAUCUGCAACCCGACGUCGUGCGUCGAGACAUUCGAUUCGCCCGCUCGCUCCAGCUGACGACGAAGGUGAAGGUGCCGUUCCCGCACUCUCUAUCGGUGGUGAUGCGCGAGAUCAACAAUGGUUCGCUGCAGCUGCUGACGCAGGGCACGGCGGACAUCGUCCUCGACUGCUGCGACGACUACUGGGAUGGUCACGAUUUGCAGCCACUGACGGAGAAGGAGCGUAAGCGGGCGCAGGAUUUCUAUCAGCGUUCGGCACUCACCGCGUACUGUACCGCGUUUGCGUACCGGCCCCUGCGUCACGGCAUCAGUGGAGCGUUGUCGGGCGGGCCGCACGGUAACGUGGCUUAUCUCGAGCUACCGCCGGAGACUAAAAACCGGCGCGACCUGUAUCAGCGCGAACGACGCACCGAGCUGGGCGAGACCCUGGCAGACCGGGGCGGUAGUUGCGGCGUAGCUAACGGUGCCUGUGGGGCACCCGCUGUCAAUGUGUGCAACGGCCCCGUCGCAGAUGGGCCGGCGAUGUUCUCCGGCGCCCCGUUGGCGCAUCACUCCAUUUCGACCGAUACGCUGCUGUUUACCGAUGCGCGCGACGACGACAUCUCCGACGUAGAAGGCUGCUAUCGGAUGCAGUGCCAUCAGGUGUUCAUAGGCAUGGUGACCAUGCAGUACCAGGCGCAGACGGACAUCGUGCAGCUAAUCGAGCGGCUCGAGCGUGCCUGCAUCCGGUUCGUCCACUUUAGCAAAGAGAACGAGUUGCGGUCGCGCGUGUUCUCCGAAAAGAUGGGCCUCGAGAGCGGCUGGAACUGUCACAUCUCGCUGCUGAGCGACGGUGACACGCGGGCAUCGUCGCCGGCCAAACAGGGCUAUGGGAGUAAUGGUGCCGGUGGCCACGAUCCCAAGAUGCAGCUGCUGUUACCGCCGAUGGCGACCUACGCCACCAACGGGCACGCGACGCUCGAAACGUCACGGGUGCUGAGCUCUUCGGCUCCCGGUGCCAUCUCCAAUCCGGAUUCCAGCAGUUUGGCGGGCGCCGUGGGGGGCGCGUUCGGUGGCAUGGCGCGAGGGGCAGGCAGGCGCGUUUCGCGCACCAACAGCGAGCGCGGCUCGCGCGAAACCAUCUCACUGCGGCGCCCCUCGACCGACUCCGCCAUGGGUGGUGGGGAGCCGAGCGCUACCGACGGGCACUGCCGGUCGCUGAGCUGCCUGAGCGAGAGCACUGAGCAGAGCGCCCCGAUCAAUUUCGACAUGUCGAACCGGGCGAAGCUACCGCGCGGCAUCGAGAACAUUCGGCCGCAUCUGGAGAGCGUCGACAACGUACCGUUGCUGGUGUCCCUGUUCACCGACUGCUCGGCGGAAGCGACCCGCGAGAUGCUCAAAAUCAUGCAGCAGUACGGCGAGAUCGUAGUCUGCCUCGGCUCGUCCGCCUCCAACUCAAACUCGGAGAUCUUCCUGCAAGGCGACUGUUCGAUCGCGAUCGAACCGCUGUACCCGCAAGUGUGCCAGGAAUUUCCCGCUUACAGCGAGGCGAACAUAUACAGCAACCGAACGCGCACCGCCGUGCCGCCAACGCAGCGCACCCGCUUCGGAAGCCCGCUGCCCGACCCGUGCACGACCGUGUCACCGAUCUACCUGAGCCGCAUCCUGAACGCGAUCCCGUGCUCGAUCGCGACCUGCCGGGACGACCCGAUCUCGAUUGUAGCGGUGAUUGAAUUGUCGCGCCGCUUCAUGGCUGGCUUGUGGAGCUGCGUGCAGUACUGGGCGUGCUGCGGCGUUUCCCUCGCAAUCAUGAACACGGUGACGGCACUGCUCUCGCUGCCACCGAUGAUCGUGCCGCUGCACGCCCUCUACUUGAUGUGCGUCGCCGUGCCACUCGUAGCCCUGACGCUGCUGCGCGUCGAACCGGACCCGGCGCUGAUGAAGCGGGCCACGGGCAAGAAGCAGCGAACGCUGCACUCGCGCCUCGUGCUGUUCGUGCUCUGGUGCUACGGUAUCAAGUUUGCGCUCGCUGUCAUUUUCCUCGUGCUCGCCUACUGUACCUUCCUGUCGCACCCGAUCGCCCUAUUCGCCGGCGAAGCCUCGGGCGGCGCUGGGUCAGGCGCGGCCCACGGCGGCACGACGGUGCACAAGAUCCGUAGCGAAGCGCAGCAGGCUCUGGAACCGGAACUCGCCGGCGACCUUCAUAUCGCCCGCAGCUUCAUCCUGCUCGGCACCGUGCUCCACUUCGUCACCAUUUCGGCCUCGUUCGUGCAUCGCGACUACAACUGCUUCAAGCGUAGCCCACUAACCAACCUGUGCUGGGUGUCGGUGGUCGCUCUGCUGCUACUGGUUCACCUGGCCCUGCUUGUCGUGCAGCUCUGCACCGACGACUACCUCUGGCAGCAGAUGGAGCGCGUCUGGCCCGUCGCUGUCUACAUAUUGCUCAUGGCGGUCGUCACGUUCUUCGCCAGCGAGUUCUUCAAGUGGGAAGAAAUCAAGGUCAACAAUCGAUACAUUCGGCGAGCUCGGCUAGACUUUGGCACCAAACUCGGCAUGAACUCGCCAUUUUGAUGCGGCUCCUGGGAAGCGGAAUCGAUGCGUUGCUGGGACGGCUUUCGACAUCACUCCCACAUCGUUCAAGACUUCCGGCGGCCACAUACAUACAUACACACUCACACACACACACACACACACACACACACACACACACACACACUGAUUAAGGCAGACUAUCGCGUUGCAAAAUUCAACAUUGAUUGUCUACUGUCUUUCUAGCCAGCAACGUUCUUUCACCAUUUACAUUUCUUGCGCAAGUUCAAACGACUUCGGUUGUCAUUUUGUUUGUUAAAAACGGGUACUAUUCAAAAGUCGGAAUCGAUUUUUUCUUCAAAGAAAUCACAUGUUUGAAAUAGCAAAGAAAUUGCAUUGAAAUGAAAAAUGCUAUUUUAUUCAAAGUAUGUGCCAUCGAUGUGUCGACUUUUGGACGUGGUAUUUUAGUUUGCAGUUUUGUUUAUCCUUGUCCAUUUGUGAAUAUGUGGCACUGCUAUUCGAGUUAUCACUUCAAAUUAAGUUAUCUAAUCAUGUCGUUUCUUGUUCUUCUUUCAUUAAGUUUUUCUGCGCAUUUGUUACUUUAAAGCACUUCCACCCCAAGUGCCACUGCCAGUUGUGGAGGGUUUGUGAGUUGUGCAAAAGCAGGGUAUCCAAAAUCUACAAGCAGUCCAUUGGGAAGCGUAGUGCAAUAUAGUUUUUUUUAGCGAUUUAAAUACUUGCCCAGAUGCUCUUUCUUUCAAACUAAAGACAGUUGCACCUACCGCAGCCGGACACUGUCGCGGCUCAAUCAUCACGGACGGAUCGAUCUGCCAUCGUGUAAACACAAGAAAUCGCUACUUUUUUUUACCGCGACGCAAUAUAUAAUCAUGUAUUUUAGAUGUACGUUGCUAUUUAGUAAUGGCCCACAGCCGCGUCGAAGUGGAUGACUAAACGAAUGUAGUACGAAACAUUGUAACAUGCAGAAAUAAAGGUUCUAACACGAAUGCGUC